AUGCUGCGACGUCGAUUCGGACGUCCAGAUCAGAUAAUACGAACACUGACUGAUAAUGUGAGAGAGCUACCACCACUAGCAACAGACAAUCUGGAACAUUUAAUCGAAUUCGGAACUACUGUAGAGAAUCUGGUGGAGCACAUCAAAGCUGCCCGACAAGAAGCUCAUUUAUCGAACCCAACUUUAUUACAAGAACUUGUCCGUAAGUUACCAACUAGUCUUAAAUUACAGUGGUCAGCCUAUAAGGCCAAUUCGGAAGUUGUAACUUUAUGUAAAUUUGGAGAGUUCAUGUCGACGCUGGUCGAAAUGGCCUGUGAAGUAAUUGAUAACACGAACGAACCGUCACAUACAGCUUCCAGUCGUAAUAAGAAGAAUAGAUACGAUGAUAAAGGGUUCGUGCAAACACACAGGCAAGAAUCUGAGAUUGUUGAUAAAGAGUCUGCGCUAGAAGCCCGACCACCUAAAGUGUGUGUUGUAUGUAAAAAAAUGGGCCACCGAGUGGCAGAUUGUGAGGUUUUCCAGUCGUAUUCGUAUGACGAUAAAUUGAGAACAGUACAACAGCAUUCGCUGUGUAGAACCUGUUUAAAUUAUCAUGGAAAAUGGACAUGUAAAUCUUGGAGAGGUUGUGGUAUGCCUGGUUGUCGUUUGCGUCACCACACCUUGAUUCACCCACCAGUAACCAGCAACCAUACCUGUACUACUAGGCGCCAGGGAAACGCAGUUUGCGGGCCAUUAUUUCGCAUUCUCCCCGUCACGAUUGUUACACCGACAAAAAGCUUGAGUAUUUUUGCUUUCAUCGAUGAAGGAUCCUCGCUAAGCCUUAUUGAAAGUGCGGUGGUCGAUCAACUGGCUCUUAAGGGACCCGUAGAACCGUUACACCUUCAAUGGACAGGUAACGUGAAACGAAACGAACCAAAAUCUCAACGUAUCGAUAUUACCGUUGCUGGUGCAAAAAAAUCAACUCAAUUCAAAUUAACGAACGUGCGUACAGUUGAAAAUUUACUUCUUCCCCAACAAACACUGGCGUAUCGAGAACUGGCGAAGAAAUUUCCUCAUCUCAAAGGUCUACCGAUUGAAGAUUACGAAAAUGUCGAACCGAAAUUGUUAAUUGGACUUCAAAACCUUCACCUAACUGUUCCCCUGAAAAUAAGAGAAGGCUGUAUGGGAGAUCCGAUUGCUACAAAAUGCCGCCUUGGAUGGAGUGUUUACGGUGGCAAUGCUGAAUCUCAUACACCACGUACCGUUUGCCACUUUCAUUUUGACUAUGCUGUUGACCCAGACCAAGAGUUGAAUGAUAUAGUUCGGGAAUAUUUUUUGUUAGACGAAGCCGGAAUUACAUCCUCCUUUUCGCGACCAGAAUCAGAUGAAGAGGUGAGGGCAAAACAUUUGCUGAAAAAUACAACGAGACGGGUUUCGGACGGUUUUGAGACUGGGCUUCUGUGGCGUCAUGAUAAGGUAAUCUUUCCUGACAGCUAUCCGAUGGCCUUUCGUCGGCUUCAAUCAUUAGAGAGACGCUUUAAUCGGGACCCCUCACUGUACGAACGGGUUCGUCAUCAGAUUCAGGAUUACUUACAGAAAGGAUACGCUCGCCUGUUAACUAGGGAAGACGUGCAAAGUGCUGAUCCUGAACGAAUAUGGUAUAUACCUUUAGGCGUUGUCACGAACCCGAAAAAACCAAACAAACUUCGGUUAAUAUGGGAUGCUGCGGCGAAAGCAAACGGGACAUCAUUAAACUCGAAUCUGCUGAAAGGACCUGAUAUGAUAACUUCCCUGCCAACAGUUUUAUCUCGCUUUAGACAGUUUCCUGUGGCCUUGACGGGUGACAUUAAAGAAAUGUUUCACCGCAUCAAGAUUAUUAGGAGUGAUCAGAAUUCACAGCGGUUUCUUUGGCGCAACUUUCCAAACGAAAAACCUCAGACAUACGUGAUGCAGGUGGCUACAUUCGGGGCUACAUGUUCACCGUGCUCUGCACAAUAUGUAAAAAAUGUAAACGCCAAUGAAUUUAUCGACCGUCACCCGAAAGCUGUAAAAGCAAUUACAGAAAACCACUACGUCGACGAUUAUCUUGACAGUUUUAAAACAGUCCAGGAGGCAAUACAAGUAGGAAGUGAGGUAAAAAUGAUUCACAAGAAUGGAGGAUUUGAAAUUCGAAACUUUUUAUCAAAUUCUCGUGUGGUACUGGAAGGGGUUAACGAGAGUGUGUCAGGAGAAUGCAAAGAACUUAAUCUAGAAACAUCAUGUGGUGCCGAAUCUGUAUUAGGAAUGAAAUGGUUACCCAAGGACGAUUAUUUCACUUAUACGUUAUCAACACGCGAUGACCUACGUCAAAUUAUGCUCUCAACAUAUGUUCCUACCAAGCGAGAAGUACUAAGAGUUACAAUGAGUCUCUUUGACCCGUUGGGUCUAAUAGCAUACGUCAUCAUUCACGGUAGGAUUUUAAUGCAAAAUAUCUGGUCAUCGGGCGCAGACUGGGAUGAUAAAAUAAAUUCCACUUUAUUCAACCAAUGGCGUCAAUGGAUUACCUUACUUUCCUCCUUGGAACUUCUCAGAAUCCCACGCUGCCUCUUCCCAAGUAAUGAAAUCGACGAUUUAAACACCUUACAGGUACACAUUUUUGUCGAUGCCAGUUCCAGUGCUUAUUCAGCAGUAGGAUACUUUCGUAUCGAUGGCAAAGGUGGGCCUCACGUAUCGUUGGUGGCUGCUAAAACUAAAGUUGCGCCAUUGAAAGCGAUAACAAUACCAAAAUUAGAGUUGUAUGCAGCGGUUUUAGGAACCCUUCUGAUGAACAGUAUAUGCUCUAGACACACUUUGACAAUAACUAAGCGGUUUUUGUGGACGGAUUCAAGCACGGUGGUGGCAUGGAUACAAUCGAAGCAGCGUAAAUAUACAAACUACGUUGCCAUUCGUGUAGAAGAAAUUCUGGCUACUACGAAUGUAGAAGAAUUGCGAUGGAUAUCUACUAAAAAUAACGUGGCAGACGAUGCCACCAGAUGGGGAAAAGGACCGAACCUAAAGUUAAGCAGUCGAUGGUUCAACGGGCCCGAGUAUUUACACAAGGACGAGUCCCGUUGGCCGCAAAACGCUUCGAAUGUUAUCAACAUAGAGCCGUUAAUGAUCCACCAGCACACGAUUUCGUUUCAAUUAGUCGAAUUGCGACGAUUUAGUCGUUGGGAGAGAUUGCUUCAUACACAAGCUUAUGUUCUUCGGUUCAUCGAUAACAUUAGAAGAAAACAACGAAAGGAAUCAAUUGAGCGAGGAAAUCUGCUGCAAGAUGAACUUAUUCGGGCAGAGAAUAUUCUCCUGAAACAAUCUCAAGCAGAGAUGUUCUCCGAUGAGAUUGCAUUGUUGGAGAGCUCUAAGGGACCACCCGAAAAACGUCACCCUACUGUAUCAAAAUCGAGUAUUAUAGUAUCACGUUGGCCAUUUAUGGACUCGAGAGUUAGGAAACCGGACGAUGAAACGUUGGAGACAAUAAUGCUAGAGGCGGAAGCGAUGAUCAACACACGACCACUAACAUAUAUUCCUUUGGAGUCUGCUGAUCAAGAGUCAUUAACUCCUAAUCAUUUCUUGUUGGGCAGUUCUUCUGGCAUCAAACAGCUCCCCGUCAACCCUGUCGACUGUCGCGGCACACUGAGAAACAGUUGGAAACUUGUUCAGUUCAUCAAUGACCAACUAUGGCGAAGAUGGAUUAAAGAAUAUGUACCAGUUAUAACUAGGCGAUGUAAGUGGUUCAAAGAUGUGAGAGAAAUCAAAGUAGGGGAUCUAGUACUUGUAGUAGACGAAAAUAUACGUAACAAAUGGAUGAGAGGUAGGGUCGUCGAAGUGUUAUUAGGCAAGGACGGUCGCGUAAGACAAGCUGUCGUGAAAACUAUCUCAGGGUUAUUCAGAAGAGCUGUAACCAGCCUCGCGCUACUUGACGUUGUAGAUGAUAGUGAAACGGAGCCCACGGAUAACUCCGAUGAUCACGGUUCACGGGCGGGGGAAUGUAACGUCGAACCGUACAACCCUGCGAUUGGGUAA